CAAACCAGACAGUUCAGUAUAGCUUCGACUAUUGUUUUUUGCAUCGAGACAAGAACCAGUCCAAUAGAACAAGAACGUCCGAUUGCGGUCAUCGAACUUUUCUUUUUCUCUACAUGAGUGUUAGCAUCUUGUCAAUGGGUUGUUCGUUUGCAAAUUUAAAAUUGAAUGAGAAAGAUGAUGAAGACAGAGACGACGUGUUUGGUGGUGCUGCUGAUCCUAGCGAAGGGGUCGAUCGUGGUGGACGCCUUCAAUGGAGAAUUGGUGGAUCUGGGGUGCCCCGAUGAGUGCGAGUGCCAUUACUUCAGGGUGAACUGGGUGACCGAUUGUUCGGAGAGCAACCUGACCGACAUCCCUUAUUCGGAAUUGAGUCCGAGCGUUUACAUCCUCGACCUGAACGGAAACUAUCUGACGGAUGUUCCUCCAUUCCCACCGGACAUCAAGAUGCGCCGCCUCCAAUUAGCCAAUAACCUGCUGACCCACGUCCGAAAAGAAUCAUUCCAGGGCUUGAAUUACCUCAUCGAUGCCGAUUUCGCGAACAACCGUAUCGCCACCAUCGACCCAUCCACUUUCCAGACCAUGUCCGGAUUCAUAAGUUUGGAAUUACAGGACAACCCUUUAACUUCUGUAGAUGGGGAAUUUCUGUACUCGUCCACGCUUCUGUAUUUGGAUAUCAGUAACUGCGGAUUGAACUUUUUAAAUCCCCGCUUCUUCGCAAACGUCACCUCGUUAUGCACGCUGGAUUUGUCUGAUAAUCCCCUGGGGAUGAUAUCCCCUAACGAGUUUAAUCCCUUGAAGAGUCUCGAAAUAUUAAAAAUGAAUAAUUGCAAUGUGAGUUUCAUAGGAGAGGACGCGUUUGCGGCUCUGGACAACCUGAAGUCAUUCGAGCUGGCUGGAAACAAUCUUGCGGAGAUCAGCUGGUCGUAUGUGCUUUACCCACUAAUCCGUCUAGAGUAUUUGGACUUUAGGAGAUCUGGCAUUAGAGUUAUCCAACCAGAUGCGUUUGAUAACAACACGUACCUUCGUACCCUUAUACUGGCAGAGAACGAACUUAGAGAUCUGGAUGUCGCCGCUACCGUGGGUCAGAAACUCUCCCAUCUGGAUAGCCUGGAUCUGUCGCACUGCCACCUGGGUAGACCGCUUUCCGAGGAUGCAUUUGUGAACUCAAGCAAAAUAAGGACGCUUUAUUUAGCCGGUAAUACGUUAUUUGCAUCCGACCUGCUCCUCGCCUUGGCCCCUUUAACGAAACUGCAGAAGCUGUCGUUGAGUCAGUGCGGCUUGAGCGUCCUACCGCACACCCUGCAUCAAUUCCAAAGCCUCACCGAAUUAGAUAUCUCGCAUAACCCCUUGAACGACGUCUUCGUUAAAAUCCUCGCUCCCCUGCAGGCGCUCGAGUAUUUGAAUAUGGGUAACAGCAACCUCACGCACAUAAUGCCCUCGACCUUCUCGAAGAUGACAUCGAUGAGGCGGCUAAUCCUAUCCGGCAACGAUCUGAAUUCGCUGGAGGCCGGGUUAUUUGCAAAUUUAACACAUUUAAAGAGUCUCGAGCUGAAUUCGUGCGGCUUAAGGAAGCCUCUAAAUGCGACGGUCUUCUUCAACAAUUUAACAUACACAGACCUAACUGAAUUACAAUUAGCCGGUAAUCCCUUAAAAGUUUCCCGCACGGGUCCCCUAUUGCCCAAGCAACUUUCCCAGUUGCGAACGCUCGACUUGAGCAAUUGCAAUUUAACGUACCUGCCUAUGGACGCGUUUUAUUGGACCACAGGUAUAACGCAUUUAAUACUGAAAGGCAAUCAAUUCACAAGUCGUGACUUUAAGUUCUUGAAUUUAUUACCGCAAUUGGAGACCGUUGACCUACGCUACAACAAUCUCACGACCUUCUCACCCAAAUAUUUGAUAAUGGCCAGCGGGAAAUUAAACAAGGUACAACUUAUUGGAAAUCCUUGGAUCUGUGAUUGCGAUAUCGUAGAUACUUGGGAUUGGAGCAAGAUGAUGGGUUUGCAACUAGCCACCUCUCCUGAAGAACACAUCAUAGCGGGAAAAGUCAAGAACAAGCAUUUAUUAACUUGUAAUCACUAUGAUGGACAGAAAACUUGGUCAAAGUACGUUAAAGAUUCGGGAUGUGAAAGACGAUCUUCUCAUUUUCGAUCAGCUAGAUCUCUCAUCGAACCAAAAAUCUCAACAAAUAUUUUAUAUUUAGGAGGCGUAUUAUUUUUAGUUACCAUUUAUGUAAUGCUGGGAACAAAAUUAAAAUAA